AUUCGUUGUUUCAGUACUGCUGGACAUUCACAUUAAUAUAAUUUUCUCUCGUUCGUCGUUAAGUCAUCACACUUCAAUACACUGUAUUUUCGCCAUCUCGCGUGCAAAAUAUUUUGGAAAAACGCAGCACACAAGAUGGCUCCAUCCCCAAAUCAUAAACCUGUAUCACAGACAUUAGCAACAAUUUUACAAUUUGAGCAAAAUAUCAUUCAUAUGUCAAACGGAUGUCCAAUCAUUUUGAAUACUUCAUAUCCUAUAACUGAAUCUGAUAAUCCACUUCAGYCAAUAUCCAGACCAAUGUCUGAUGAAGAAACACCUUCUUGGGAUUUGACUACAUACGAAAAUCGCUUAAGAACAUUURAUGGAGUGUGGAAAUUACAAUUUAUUACACCUGACCAAAUGGCUAAAGCUGGAUUAUAUUACUUGGGCAUACAAGAUCGUGUUAGAUGUUUGUUUUGUUCUACAGAAUUUGAUUAUUGGCAACAUGGUGAUGAUCCAGUUGUUGAACAUAAACGUCAGUCUCCACAAUGUCCAUUUUUUAAUGAUUCUUCUGCUGGUUAUGAUGUGUGUGGUCUAUAUGGUUCUGCUCCGGAUGAUGUCCGAUCUAAUCAUGAGUCAAAAAAGGUUCAAGAUUUUUUAGAUUCUGUUGGUAUUCUGCAACAAAUAAAAUCACCUAAGCAUAAAGAUUUUGCUACCUUAGAAGCACGCUUGAAAUCAUUUGAGAAAUGUUUGAUACCAUUGAAACAAGACAUUCAAACCCUAUGUGAAGCUGGAUUUUUUUACAUAGGAAGUGGUACAAAUGACCAAAUGCUAUGUUACUACUGUAGUCAAGGACUUAAAGACUGGGAAGAUGAUGAUGAACCAUGGACAGAACAUGCCAGAUGGUCAGAAACUUGUAAUUACGUGUUGUUAAAUAAAGGUAAAAACUUUGUCGACAAAGCAUGUGGUGUGACUAGCACAAAAUUCAAUCCAACGGAGUUAUUCAAGCUAAUUGCUGAACAUAAAGAUACAUCCAUUACUGAAAAUAAUAUGAAAGUAAAUUCRACAAAAAGAAAACUUGAUCAGCCACAUAUUUCUAACAUAUCUCAAAUUAAAAUAUCAAUUGUCAAAACAGAACAUCUUUGUCAAAAGCGAGAUCCUAAUACAAUUCCAGAUUCCAUGCUGUGCAAAAUAUGCUAUAAAGAAGAAAUGAAAGUGGCUUUUAUCCCUUGCGGUCAUGUCAUUGCAUGCAUUCAAUGUGCUCUAACACUUGAACAGUGUGCUGUAUGUAGACAGCCRUUUAGUAUGGUAAUGAGAGUACACUUAUCAAUGGAUGAAGAAAAAGUUAAAGAUCUCRAACAGUUGCCAUGCAGUUCAUCACAGUGUUUAGACGGACAAUUAGACCCAAUGCUUUGCAAAGUAUGUCAUAAAGAAGAAAUGGCAGCUGCAUUCAUACCCUGUAAACAUGUUUAUGCUUGUGUCAAAUGCGCAGCAGAUAUGCACGAGUGUCCUGUAUGCACAGAAUGGUUCUGUGCCACUAUUCAAGUUUACUUAUAGGGCUAGUAAAAUUACUGCGACAUUGUGUGGUGAAAACCAUUCUAGUCUUAAAUAUUAAUUUGUGUAAUUUAUUUUAGUUUAAAAACUUAAUUUUUGAUAAAAUAUAACAAGCACCAAAGUGGGCUAAAUAUCCCUAUGUAAAUG